UUCAGUGUUUUAGUGAAUCAGAAACACACCCUCUCCUAUAUCUUGGUACCUACCUCCUUUUAAGUUCCCUUUAAUCUUUUCUUGUAUAGUGAAAUAGCCCAAUUUGGAAAAUAUUCCCUUUAUUGCUAUUUAAUUGCUCCUAUUGCCAGGCCACUAGAGAGCUCAUCAAAUCUGACCUAACUUAUUUUUAUAGACCCCUUAACGGAAUAUAUAUUGGGACCGGGGGGUGGGGGAAUAUCUGGGCAAAUAAUUUUUGAGACUGGAGGGAAAGGUGGUAUUUGUAAAUCCUUUGAAGUAUUCUGCAAAAGUUUAUGUGCAUUUCUCCAGGGAAAGUUUGCCUUGCUAUUAUCUCAGAGGAGUCUGUGACCUAAAGAAGGUUAAAGAAAUCACUUAAUUUGUAUUUUUAAUUGAUCAUGUGACUUCCACCCCAACAGGAAAAUUUCUCCUAGAUCUGCUCUUGUUUGCUACUGUACUUGAAGCCCUUCAGUCCAUCACAGUCUAAAUGGAGGGUUUGGGGGAGGAGAAUGAUACAGGAUCAGGUAUGGUUGCAGAAGUACAGGAAAGAGGACUGGUGCCAGACAGAGCUGGCAUUGCAAUCCCAUCUACCAGCUUACCAGCUGUGGUCUUGAUCUAGGUACUUUAGCUGCUCUCUGCCUCAGUUUCUUCUGUAAAAUGAAGAAAAGCUGAGGUUCAAAGGUCAGUUAUGUAAAGUAUGUGUAGGGCACACAAGGUGAUAUUGUUAUUAUGGAGAAGUCUUAUCUUGCGGCCUCAGACAGUCCCUAACUGAUAUCUCUGUAUCCUUGGGCUGAGCCUAAUUUUCAAAGCUGGUAGUAUAGGUUGGGCAUCAGAUCCCUCCAAUGACUUAACUGAACACAGUUGAGCUGGAAUUUCCAAAGCCCUCAAGGCCAAAAUCACCUUUUCACUGUCAAUUUCCCUUUCCUUCUGUCUCUUAGUACCCGCCCCCCGCCAAGUUGAUUCUUGACAAAAGCUCUCCUUCACUUUAAGAGUCUCAUGCUCUACCGACUGAGCUAGCCGGGCAGUUUCUCCUUCACUUUAGGAGAGCAGAAAGGGAGAAGAAAUGAUCUUCCAAAAUUAAAGAUGAAGACCUUCGCUUAUUAAGCUUGUAGUUCAACCUUCUGGUCUCUAGAGGGCAGUGGGGAUAUGUUUGCCUCAGGCUCACAGCCGGCUAAUAACAAAAUAAGUUUUCAGUACUGCAAACCAUAAAAGGGUAAUGGCAAACGUAUUUUUAGUGCUCUCUACACUGAGAUUAUGAGUGAUUAUAAUAUUCCUGCUUGGGCGUGUUAAAAUAUAGUUCUUGUUAUGACUGAUUUUUUUAAUUGACAACUAAAAAACGGUGUAUAUUUGUUGGUUCCAUACUUUGGGAAGAAAAUAGUCAAGUCCAAGGGACCUAGUCUUUGAACCACCAUAUUUUUCUGCUCUUAUUCUUGGAUAUAAUAGAAUUGAGCACUUGACCUUGUUUUCACUGAAAGACAGACAAACCGGGCUGUUGUAGCUGCAACACAGAUGUUUGUCAAAAACAAGGUAAAGGCGGAGCUCACAGUCGGGAGAAAGCCGGCUGGAUUUCCAGGCCUUCUCAGUGAACGCACCUUGUUGUCUCAGCUGUAGGGGCAGGGCGGGGCAUCUCAAAACCUCCCACCUCUCAGCCCAGCCUCUGGAGCCCUCGUCACCUUCCACUCCCCGGCUCCCGACUACAGUAGGGUCCCUCUCCUUGUCGAGCAGGGACUGGAAACACAAAACAGCCAGUCUUAGCUCCGAACCUUCGUGGCACCCCGCCUGCCUCGGCCUCCAGGAGGCGGGCACAGCAGCUUGCAGGCGGCCCAAAGCCAGCCAAUGGCUUGGGGACGAGCAGGGAGGCGAGAGUGCUUCUUCACUGGGGCCCAACGUCACGAUGCUGGCCCCGCCCCUUCGCCAGCAGUCUCCGGGAGCUGGGCGCGUAAGUCAGCCACCCAGCGGACGCCGAACCUGGUCUGUCACAAUGCUGCUGCACAGAGCUGUGAUCCCCUAUCUCCGACAGGCCUGCAGACUCAAGUCAGCCCCCUCAAGGGUCUGCAUUCGGGCCUGCUCUACAGAUGAUUCACUUCAGCCCCAGUGCCCCAGCCUUGCCUUCUCUGGUGAUGAUUCCAGCACUGGGGGAUGGAAAGUCAUGGGUACUCUGCUAGGCCUUGGUGCAGUGUUGGCCUAUCAUGACCACCGGUGCAAGGCUGCUCAGGAGUCACCACGUGUGUACACAAGAGAGGAAGUGAGAUCUCACAGCAGCCCUGAGACUAGGAUCUGGGUGACUCUGGGCUGUGAGGUGUUUGAUGUUACUGAAUUUGUGGACCUACACCCUGGGGGGCCAUCAAAGCUGAUGCUAGCAGCAGGGGGUCCUCUAGAGCCCUUCUGGGCCCUCUAUGCUGUUCAUAACCAGCCCCAUGUACGUGAGAUGCUGGCUCAGUACAAGAUCGGGGAGCUGAGCCCUGAAGACGAGGUGCCUUCCACCUUGAAGACCUCUGACCCUUACGUUGAUGAUCCUGUACGUCACCCAGCCCUGAAGGUCAACAGCCAGCGCCCCUUUAAUGCAGAGCCCCCCCCUGAAGUGCUGACAGAAAGCUAUAUCACACCUAACCCUAUCUUCUUCACCCGAAACCAUCUGCCUGUACCUAACCUGGACCCAGAAACCUAUCGUCUGCAUGUAGUAGGGCCACCUGGGGGUCAGUCACUGUGCCUAUCCCUGGAUGACUUGUACAAGUUCCCCAAGCAUGAGAUCACAGUCACUCUGCAGUGUGCCGGCAACCGGCGGUCUGAGAUGACUCAGUUCAAAGAAGUGAGAGGUCUGGAGUGGAAUACAGGGGCCAUUAGCACUGCACGCUGGGCUGGGGCACGCCUCUGUGAUGUGUUAGCUAAGGCUGGUCACCAACUCUGUGAAACUGAGGCCCAUGUCUGCUUUGAGGGACUGGACUCAGACCCCACAGGGACCGCCUACGGAGCAUCCAUCCCUCUGGCUCGGGCCAUGGAUCCUGAAGCUGAGGUCCUGCUGGCAUACGAGAUGAAUGGGCAGCCUCUGCCUCGUGACCAUGGCUUCCCUGUGCGAGUGGUGGUUCCUGGUGUCGUUGGUGCCCGCCACGUCAAAUGGCUGGGCAAAGUGAGUGUGGAACCAGAGGAAAGUUACAGCCACUGGCAGCGGCGGGAUUAUAAAGGCUUCUCUCCAUCUGUGGACUGGGAUACAGUAGAUUUUGACUCAGCUCCAUCUAUUCAGGAACUUCCUGUCCAGUCAGCCAUCACAGAGCCCAAGGAUGGGGAGACCGUACAAUCAGGGGAGGUGACUAUCAAGGGCUAUGCAUGGAGUGGUGGUGGGAGGGCUGUGGUCAGGGUGGAUGUUUCUCUGGAUGGGGGCCUAACCUGGCACGUGGCUGAGCUGGAUGGAGAAGAACAGCGUCCCCGAAAGGCCUGGGCCUGGCGACUAUGGCAGCUGCAAGCCGCUGUGCCGGCUGGGAAAAAGGAAUUGAAUAUUGUUUGUAAGGCUGUAGAUGACAGCUACAAUGUGCAACCAGACACUGUGGCCCCAAUCUGGAACCUACGAGGUGUGCUCAGCAAUGCCUGGCACCGUGUCCACGUCCGUGUCGCCCCUUGAGAAGGUGAAAUGGAAUUACCCACUCCCCAGGACCAUCUUCUCAACCCCUUUCAAUACACAUCCUUUUCCCUUGCUACCACAGAAAAACUUUUUCUUCCAUCUCCACUUCUUGGAUCACAACCCUAUACUAUGCCUUCCUAAACCCCACACAAACACGCACAUUGCACAUUUCCACCCAGGCUCCAGCUCUCCUUUGACACUAUGUUAUGUAUUCCUAUUAUCCCAGGGAGAGCUGUUGGAGCAGGGGCUAGAAGUGGAGAAAUUCUGUAAACAAGCACUCUUCUUUUCCUUCCCCACAUCCACUUCUAGUGUCUAUCACAACUUUAUAUUGCUUUUCCUCUUGGGAGUCUUCAAAGACUGUGUGUGAAUAUGUGUACAAAAAGUGUAUGUGCAACUUUCUACUAACUUUUUGGUUGUCAGGGGUCGUGAGAGGUGCAAUCCUGCCCCUUAUUAGUUCCACUUUUCUAAAUACAUGAAUAAAGUAUCUGUUUAAGACUACAA